CACACUCACAACGUUAGACUGGCAGACUCGUAUUGUGUGCAGCUGAAAUAUUAUAUCUGUAUCGUGUUUUAGAACAGGGACAAUAUAUGAAACCAAGGCUGGGCAUAGGCUGUAAAUAUGAAAUACGUUGCUAUACUUAGUAUACGUUCCAGGACAUUUGUAGGUUCUGUCACACUGGAGUCAAAGAAGCUGUCCGGUUUUCCCAAGUAGCGGUGGCGAACUGUAGAUUUGCAGCAUAUUGGGCCUCGUAGAUGCGUCGAUCUCCUAGAUUAGGCUACUAAUCCAGACAGCAACAGCAGUGUCCACAAUCUAGUGAGGAUCUGAUGCCUGGUCAGGACACAUCGGGGUCAAUCAUAAAGGAAGGAUGAAGGAUCCUUUCACAGUUUAGUUUGCUAUACAGUGAACUGUAUACGAAACUCCCCUCAGUGUAAUUUUUUUCUUGUCACAAUAGGAACAUUCCUUUUCUCAAGAAUGUCAGAUGACACAGACUCAACAGCUGCCAGCUGUUACCUGGAUGAGAAGACCUUCCGUCUCAGCUGCGGACUCUUCUUGGAACAUUCCAGCUUCCUCAAUGAUGGAUGGGCCUGGGAGGAAGUCAAUGGGUCAGAGAAGGAAGGAUACAUGAAAAAAACGGUGAUGGUUCCCUGUAGAAUCAGUUCUACACCGUGCCAGAGCAACCAAAGCAGACUGGUGGAUGGCGAUGAUGCCCUGUUGGAAGAGGAACAGCUGUGUGACCAGGAUGAGGCUGUAGGAGAGCCGACGGCAGCUGAGGGCCAGGCUGCGGUGCGCUACGAGUACCACGUGCUGUACUCCUGCAGUUACCAGAUCCCUGUCCUCUACUUCAGAGCAUCCACGCUAGAGGGACGCUCACUGUCAUUAGAGGAGGUGUGGAAUAAUGUCCACCCCAACUACCAGCAGAGGUUAUUGCAAGGUCCAUGGGACACCAUCACCCAACAGGAACACCCCCUGCUUGGUCAGCCAUUCUUCAUGCUUCACCCCUGUCGUACGGAGGAGUUCAUGAGGCCAGCACUGGAGACUGCACGUGCUGAGCGGAAGGGAGUGAAUUAUAUUCUGACUUGGUUGAGUGUGGUGGGACCGGUGGUGGGACUGGAUGUUCCGCUCAGCUACGCGCUGGCAGUGGGCCCACCUGCACCCAAGGCGGAGGCAACAACAGCAGCGUCAACAGCAUCAGCAUCAGCAUCAACAUCUGGCCCAGACUGAAGCGUUCCCACCCCCUGACUGUCGCUCCAUCUGUGACGGCCUGCGAGUCCCACCACCACAUCUGGCAGGAGCUGUGACUGGAGCCUCUCAACAUCAGCUGUCUGCUCCCAUCCCAGAAGAUGUUCUCUCCGCCGAGCUCCCUGCUGUGUCGUAUUUAUCUGUAUGACGGUCCUGCGCAACCACGUCAUCCCGCGCACAGAAUAGAAGACUCCGCCUAAUGGCUAGGGAUUACAACAUCACGCUGAGAUUUUGGCACGGUGGUUAACCAUGACGUACUUUACGGUUCUUGACAUACACUUAAAAAGGCAGAUUACUGUCUGUUCUUCAAAGGGUAAUAAACACAUUGAUCCCUCUCUCGCAGUCUCCCUAUGAGCAGUCAUGAAACGAGUGUUCCUCCAUUACUUGUCUAUCACUUGACAUCCGAUGGACUCUGAAUGAUAUCACUUUUUCCUGGGGAAAAAAAACCCAACGUGAGUUUCCCGGGUGAAAGCCCUUUUACGGCGACAGGGUGAACAAGCGCUUCAUGCAAGAAGCAACAACAGCGGCGGUGGCAGCGGCGUCAGCAGCACUGUUCUCCUGUCAGUGUGAGUGACUGGUCAGAUUAGCCCUCUGACAUGCUCCCCUCCCUACACGCAGAGAUGAGAGGCCUCUGCCUGGCUGAAUGGGAGCCCAGGCACAAUUUGUUAUUGCACAGCUUGUUUAUUUUGUUUAUCUGCGGGUGGGCUGUUUGGUCGACGAGAGAGACAGAGAGAGACAGACAGACAGAGAGAGAGAGCGAGAGAGGGAGGGAGAGAAAGAGAGAGAGAGAGAUAAGUUGGCAUCUUAUGUGUAGGUGCAUGUGACUCACUUUAUGUUUUUUUUCUGGUGGUUAUGUUGUGGGAAGGUUAGCGUUUGAUGUUCAAUAAUGGAGGGAUGUUCUUCAGUGUUUGAUUGGAGUAUGAAUGUGUAGGAUGACCUAUUAAUAAUACCCAGACUUAAGCUAGAGCUACAGGAAUGGUGAGGCAAAGAAGAGCAUGCUAAAAUCCAAAUUCUGUUCUGUGAGACAAGUAUAAAAUAUUCAAAUAUUAAGUGUUUGUGAUAGUGUUGCACUUAGUUGCACUAAGAAAUUGAAUGCGAUUAACAUAGAAACAUGUCGUGAUUGUGGUGUGGAAACAUGAUGCGCUUGGGGAAAAGGCAUUGACCUUAAUGUCAAAUGAUUCAGAAUUGUAUCACCUUACAGUAAUUGCAUUACUUCUAAGUUGAACAGGAGGGAAAUAAAAAAAAAAAACAGUUUAGAUUUGCUAUAUUUAAAAUAUAGGCCCCACAGUAGGAACUCAAUGCAACACAUUCAGUACACGUUUCAUGACUGAGAUUCAAAUCUUUUAUUUUUUCAAUACUUUGUUUUAUUUCUGACAGACUCAAACCUCCUCGGCAUGGAGGAUACCAGUGUUGCACAAACAUCUGGAGAGAUGUUCUGCCAUUCUUCAGGGGAUGCUUUUUUCAGCUGCUCUUUGCUGGAGGGGUUGUGUUGCUGUACCUUUCAAUUUAAAAGACCCCAAAGGUGCUCUAUUGGAUUCAAGUCAGGCAACAUGCUUGGCCACGUCUUGGUCUUGGCCUUGGCUUUUUUCUUCUUUAGAAACUCUUGCGUGAUUUUGGCAGCGUGUUUUGGAUCGUUAUCAUGCUGGAAUAUUUCUCUUCUGCCAGGCUUCUGGAGACUGGGAGCCAUCUUGUCAGCCAGUAUUGUGGUACAUCCACAGGCAUCCAUGGUGCCAUCUGUAAAUGUCAUCUCCCCAACAUCUUGUACACUCAUGCAGCCCCAUGUCAUCACACUCCCACCUCCGUGCUUCACUGUGGUGGUCCUGGUUCCCGCCAAACAUGCUGGACCCCAUCUGAACCCAACAAGUCUUCAGCACAAAACUGCAAGAUUAAACUUAACUGAAGAACAUGAACAGAAACCUAAUGAAUUUUGGGAGCACAUUCUUUGGUCAGAUGAGACCAAGAUACGUUUGUUGGGCCUGUAUUUUUUAAUCAAAUCUAAACUGUUCAUUUCUUUAUUUUACAUAAGAGCUAAUACCUUACUGUGCAAAUACUGUGAGGUGAUACUGCCUGUCGGUUGAAUCAUUUGACAUUUAAGUGAUAUUGCACAGGGGUGUACUCUGUACUCUGUACUUCUGUUGUAUACUGUAGAUACUGUUCUUGUACCUGAAGAAACAGUUGAUGAGGUAGAGGUGGUAUCAGCUAGUUUUUAUAGUAGUACCACCCACUCCUUAACAGACCCUUAAACACAAUAUGGAACUUGAUGAAAAUCAGGCUACUAUUCAUGAAGGUUAGUGGUUUUCACAAGCCAAGGCCAACAUUUGAUUUGAGUGGAGUAGUCCCAUUUAUUGAGAAAUCCAUUUAAUAGUUAUUUAUAUGAGGAGAGAUUCUUUGAAGUUUGAUCUCAUGGGGAUUGGUAAAAUGGCCUCAACUAUGUGGUACGUUUUUCACACUCAAAAGUGAAAUGCAGAGAGGAAAAGAGGGCUUUCACCAAACGUGCCGAUUCUCCAAAUGGCUCUGGCUCAAAUGGGUUGUGGUUGUUUGUAAGAGUGUGAAUUUGCCUGCAAAAGCUUCAACGUUUGGUUUGCUCGGUAUUUGGAGACUUUUGCAGCCUACUGUAUAUGCCAAGCUUAGACAGAAGGAACAGCAGGUCUAAAGUGCCUUUUACCCCUAAGCUAACACAAUGAAUGCAUAACCUUACAUCAGUCCACAACAAAAGGAUCAAACUCCUGUUACAUUCAGUGCAUUGUGCCCACUCAAGGUAAAUGAAGUUUGUACUGAUUGUCUGCUAAAUGGUGAUGAAUCCUCCCUUCUGUGCUGUUUGUAAACUGGUGUUAAAAAUGAAAAAGUGUGUUUGUGUGCAUUGUGCGGC